UUCAUAAUUUAGAGAAAUAAAACUAGAUCAACAAAUGGAGCAGUUUCACCAUAUAAAAGAAUUCAGAGGCCAACGAUCUGAAAAUUAAACAGACCAAAACCAUCUCAUACCACUCUCUCAGCAAAUUGACAAAAGCUUCUAGUAUAUACGCGAGGCAUCAUCAACAUGGGAGAAGAAGCAAAAAGGUAUGCGGUAGUGACAGGAGCUAACAAAGGGAUUGGUUAUGGAAUAUGCAAGAAAUUGGCUUCAAAUGGAAUUGUAGUGGUGCUAACAGCUAGAAAUGAGAAAAGGGGUUUGGAAGCAGUGGAAAGAUUGAAAGAGUUUGGCCUCUCAAACUUUGUGGUUUUUCAUCAACUUGAUGUGACUGACCCUUCUAGUGUUACUUCUUUAGCACAUUUCAUCAAAACCAAAUUUGGAAAACUUGAUAUCUUGGUGAACAAUGCUGGUGUUCCUGGGGGAAUAGUAAAUGCAGAGAAUUAUCUUAAAAGGAAAAGGGGUGAAUUAUCGGAUUGGAAUCUAAUAUUGUAUCAAAAUUAUGAGUUGGCCAAAGAAUGUGUUGAAACAGACUUCUUUGGUGCAAAGAGAGUAACAGAAGCUCUUCUUCCCCUGCUCCAACUAUCCACUUCACCCAGGAUAGUCAAUGUAUCUGGUCAAAUAGGACUAUUGAAGAACAUACCAAAUGAGUGGGCAAGAGGGGUUUUUAGUGAUAUUGAGAACCUCACAAGUGAGAAGCUUGAUGAGGUGUUUAGAGAGUUUCUUAAAGACUACAAAGAAGGGUCAUUGGAGUCCAAAAAUUGGCCAUCUGUUGUUUCUGGAUGCACCAUGGCCAAAACAGGUGUGAAUGCCUACACAAGGAUGCUGGCUAAGGAUUUCCCUCAUUUUCGCAUAAACUGUGUAUGCCCUGGCUCUGUCAAGACUGAUAUAAACCAUAAUCAAGGCUUGUUAAGCAUUGAUGAAGGUGCUGAAAAUCCUGUUAGGCUAGCAUUGUUGCCAGAUGAUGGUCCUUCUGGCCUCUUUUUUUCAAAGGAUGAGGUGAUUUCCUUUUGAUCAAUCAUGUGUUUUGGGUACCAACAUUGUCUUUCAAUGUGAUUUUGACAAAAUAAUUUGGAUACAUAAUAGUGUGUAUUAAAUACAUUAUCGUUGUUGCGUAUUAAAGCAAUAAACUAAGUUUUCUUUUAA